AUGGCGUCCUCCGAGGUGGACCAGAAGUUCCUCGGACGCCUCGCAAAAUCUGUCGAGCCCAAUAAUGCGCUACUCGCAUCGAUGCUGUUUAAGAUAUUAGGACUUUCAAUCAAUGUAGCCGGACAGUUAGUAAAAGCGCGCAAACAGCGCCGCCUCGAUACCACGCGCGUGACUCAGUCUCUCGAGCUCUACUUUCACAUAUUAUGGCUCUCGCGUGAAGGCCUCGUGAUGCUCGAGCAGUAUGUUUUACCAAUGGUUGGUGACUACGUUGAGCUCAAGGUUCUCGCGUACAAAUUACGCGCAUCCUUUUAUCACAUCUUCGUCCUAUUCCAUAAUAAUCCCCCGGUUUCGCCAAUGGGAAUUGCGACGACACCUCAGGCUCUUGCCGCGGAGAUGACGCCAGAACCGUUACGAGUUGAUAAGGGGAAGGGCGUGGAUAGGAGUAAUCCGGCAGCAUUCUUACCGCCCGAGUACAUGCGAUCGUCGGUACAACCAACUCAUCCGUACGAGCAAGGCAUACCAGCACCGCCUCCCGGUUUCGAAGGACAAGUGCAGAUGCCGAACUUCACUCCAGAAGCGGCGGCCGCUUUUCUACUACCAUCCGUAGACUACUUACCAACAGCGCACCAGUACUUCCGAGAAGCCAUCUCGUUAGCAGACAAUUUACUAUGGGGAUCGCACUCGCUACGGCUCUCUGUAAAAACAGAGUAUGCGGCAUUCCUAUACGAUUGCGUUCACGACCGAGAGGGAAGCCGACGAUUAGCGAAGCAGACGAUCACGGAGGUGUACGAAGCGACUGAGGGCCUGGAUGACGAUAUGUACGAUGACGCGUGCGAACUUGUGACUGUGCUCGGCAAGAUGAUGAAGCGCGGCCUAGGAGCGGGAAGCUCGCGGAGCGGCGGAAGACCAAGUCCUAGCGUGACGCAAGCCACCGCUGUUUCCCAGAGCGGCGAGAGUAGUGCGACGGUUGUACCGCCUGUUCCGCCCAUCGGCAUGGAGAAUCCGAUAUAA